AUGCCCCUCUGCACCCUCCACCUCCUCGCCCUCACCCCGACAACCAACGGCGACGACCCUCUCCCUACUUUCCUCUCCGCCCUCCGCGAGGCCACUACCGCCUCCAACUCUCCUCCCCUCACCAUCGCCCGCCCCCUCCGCUGGAUCAUCACCCCCACCACCUUCUCCACCGCCCUCACGCAGCACACCUGGGACCUGCUGCUCAUCCUGCCCACCGCUUCGCCAGCGCUACCCGGCGCUCCCGGCGCUCUCGACGCCCUCGUCGCGGCGCGCUGGUCCGUGUCGUUCGGCGUGCCGGCGCGCGUGCUCGACGGCUUCGCGGCAAGGAACGAGCGGUUGUUGCGGCCGCGGGAGGGGGAUGUGCCAGUGCUGACUGAAGGAGGUGGCGUGGUGGGGGAGGGUGGAGUAGGAGUAGGAGGAGGAGGAGGGUUGUUGAUGGCGAAGAGUGCGCAGGGGUUGGAGUUGAGUGGGGAGCUGUUGGAUUGGGUGAGGGAGUUUGGUGGUGGUGGGGCUGGUGGUGGGGGCCGCGGCUCAUCAUGCGCGGUCAGCAUGCUGAAUUUGUUGGCGUUUCGGGAGGGGAGGAAGGGGGAGUAUUUGAAAUACGGGAAGGCGUUUGCCGAGGAUGUAGGGAGGAAGAGGGGGGGUGUUGCGAAGAUUGUGGGAACGGUGGUGGAGGAUGGGGGUGGGUUGGGGGUUGGGGAGGGUGUUGGUGAGAAGGGGAAGAGGGUCUGGGAUGAGGUUGCGCUUGCGCAUUAUCCGAGUAUUUUUCACUUUGCCGACAUGUUGGCGAGCGAGGAUUAUCAGGCGGUGAAUAGGAGGCACAGGCUGGGGAGCUUGAAAGAUACGUUUAUUUUGUGCACGACGGAGUUGGGGCUGCCUGAUGGUAAUUAUGACGAUGGUGGUAGUGCGGGAAAACAGAAGAAAGAGACGAAGCUUUGA